AUGUACGAAGGGAUUGACAACCUGAAAUCCCUUUACGACCGUGCCGGGAAGACUUUCUCCGGCGGUCCUUCUGCGGCACAGGAUGUGCCGCGUCGUACUGCUCAACCAGACCCAUUACGUCAAUCAUCAGUUGGGAGCGAGGCUCCCAAGUAUCCCAGGACGGGGGAUAGCCGCGCCACCGGACGAGAUAACUCGUCCGACGUCCGUUCACGUCGUGGUGGUUCAACAGCUGCUCAACUAGAUAGCGCUGGCCACCACGAGAGUCCUCUAAUGGAGGUGGAGGAGGAGGAAAGACGCUCUCCACACGAUCAUGUGGAUCGGUGUGUUCCUGAGAGCUUCUUUGAUCGCGUAACGCAAGGGGUACGCGACGAUCUCGAACAUGAGCGGAAUAGGCGUCUCCAAAUGGUGGACACUGCCUCGAAGCAUCGAGCUGAGUUUGCCUUUGCUCAGCUUGAGAACGAGAGAUCUCUGACAUCUCUUCGUGACGUGCUGAGGGCAGCUCUUGUGGAUAUUAUCUGGUCUCGGGCUGAGAUAACUGCUCUUCAGACCCUUGUCGAUAUCCAUUAUCGGUAG